AUGAAUAUCCUCUGGUUGUUGUUCUUUGUUUUCUUCGUGCCCCUUGUCGCGCUUCUAGUCUGGUUCGCUCUUUCAAGCUGCCUCGGAGACCAUGUUCGAGCUCGAAUAGGCGGCACCACGAUCAAUCCUCGGCAUGGUGCUUAUGGCAGGACCUAUGCCCGCAACAUCCCCUAUCCUGGAGCCGCGGGGUCAGAGGCCAUCGAAAUGGAGGACAUGUUGCAGCACGACAAGUGGGAACUUAACGACUCGGAUGACGAGCCUUGA